AGAAGAAAAUGUAGAGGCAGCGGUGAGGGUGGCGAGGUGCGGUGGGCCCAGCGGCGGGGGCCACCUGUAAUUAGACUAGAGAGAGAGAGAGAGAGAGAGAGAGAAAAGAAAGACUUAAAUGACAGCUAGCAGUGAGUGAGGCGAGAUCCCAACCUACCAUACCCCACACUCAUCUUCCCCUUUUUAGCUCUUUCAAUUCUCUCCCUCUUAUUCCCUUCUUCUUCAUAUCCAACACCGCUUCUUUUCUUUCGUCUCCUCAAACCACUCAAAAUCCCUCUCUUCUCUAAGGUAUGGAUUCAAAUUUCGUGGAUGAAAUAGACUGCGGCAGCUUCUUCGAUCACAUUGACGACCUGAUCGAUUUCCCACCGGAAAAUGAGUGCGCCGGUGUCGGCGCCGGCGAUUGCGCCAAUUUCCCCAGCAUUUGGGACGAGCCCUUGCCGGAUUCCGACCCCAUUUUCUCCGCCGCCCACAGCCAUUCCGCUUCCGACCUCUCCGCCGAGCUCUCAGUUCCGUACGAGGAUAUUGUGCAGCUGGAAUGGCUUUCAGCCUUUGUGGAAGAAUCAUUCUCGGAUGGAGGGCUAACUCUUGGCAAAGAGAACUAUCCGAUCAUCCCGAAGCCGGAAUCGGACAAGAAAUUCCAGGCUGCUUCGAGCCCGAUUUCGGUUCUGGAGAGCAGUAGUAGCAGCAGCAGUAGCAGUAAUUCGUCGUGCUCGGGAGGCUCGGGGGGUAAGGUGAUGCCGUUGAGCCCGAGCCAGCGUGGGGCGCAGCGGGCACGCAGCAAGCGCCCCCGCCCGGUGGCGUUUAACCCUAGGCCGGUGAUGCAGCUGAUCGAGACUCCGCAGCCCGAGAGCUUUGCAGAUUCUCCUGUGAAGAAGGUUCCCAGGCCGCCACCGGCAGGAGCGCCCGAGCAGAAGAAGAAAAAGAAGAUCAAGUUGUCCAUGCCGGCCUUGCCUAGUCCAGGCGGCCCGGAUCAGGAUCAGCCCGGAGCGCAGCCAGUCAGGAAAUGUAUGCAUUGCGAGAUCACAAAAACGCCUCAGUGGAGGGCAGGUCCCAUGGGGCCUAAAACGCUCUGCAACGCGUGCGGGGUUCGUUACAAGUCGGGCAGGCUGUUCCCCGAGUACAGGCCUGCAGCCAGCCCUACAUUCGUUCCAGCCCUUCACUCCAACUCCCACAAGAAGGUCGUCGAGAUGAGAACCAAGGCCGUCACCAGCCUCGAGCAAUCCCCCGUUUCUUCUCUCGUAGCUCCAACAGUCACUGCUCCACCCGAGAUCAAUUGAAAACGAGGGGAAAGCAGAGAAGAAGUUUUCGUAGUCUCAGGAGUUUUUUCCCUUCCCUUCUCUGCAACUCUCCCCUGUAUCUUCAGCAGCAGUUAAUAUUAUUUGGUUUAAGGUUAUGUCCCAUAUUUCAUUGGUUCUUUGUACAGAACUGUUUGGUGGGUAGAAACAGAUUUGGAAAUGGAGGUUUAGGUGAAUUGAAUGUAGUGUUGGUUUUAGGUCAUUGGAAUUAUUAUUAUGAUUAGGUUUGGGUCAGUCUCAUUUCAUUUGUUGUUUUAGACCAAUUCUCAGCUAUGAUUUGCUUUUCUUGGUAGGAUUUGUUCUUUGCUGUACCCCAUGCCAUGCCAUGCUUCACGGGAAUUCUUUUUGCAGUUCAUCUGUUAUUAGGAAAUUAUUCAUUUAGUUUUGGGCUCAAUCUCUCAUCCAAUUCCUCUCAUUAAUGGACUACAAUCUUGAUCCACUACUGAGAUACUGAGAUUGUUGAACUUAAAAUAUAUAUAAAAAGAUCGCUUAAUAUU